AUGACCGCCACAAAAUACAGGAAGUCCCGCCUUCGCCCCAGAGCGCCCUCCCGGAAAAAUGCCGAAAGUCUGGAUGUUCAUUGGGUGUUCGUCGCUGCCGCUCAGCGCACAGCUUUCUGGGAGUUGAGAUCCACAGAUCAGAUUAUCAACCUGGCUUUAGCCAACAACUUGUCUCUCUUCUCCAGAGGGAUCCCACAGACAAUGGCAACUUUUGGAUUGAAAUAUUUCCUGGAUGUUGCUGGAUGUAAACUUGUCUUCUAUUUACACAAAGUAGCCAGAGGGGUUUCUCUCAGCACUACCAGCCUUCUGAGUGGUUUCCAGGCCAUUAAGUUUUGCCCCAGAAUCUGUUUGUGGGUGGACUUCAGAAUUCGAUCCACAAAGUGUAUUGGCUUCUGUAGUUUUCUUUUCUGGAUACUACAACUCUUGGUAAAUGUCUGCAUUCCUAUUAGAGUAAUUGGCCCAAGAAGUAGCAAAAACAUAAGUGUAAAAACAAAUUAUGGAUACCGUUCCUCACUCAUGCCUGAUAAAUUUAUCAGCUUAUUACAUGCAGUUACAUUAUCUUACAUGGAUGUUAUAUGUUUGGGCUUCAUGAUCUGGACUAGUGGGUACAUGGUCCUUUUCCUGCACAGGCACAAGCAACAGGUCCAACACAUUCACAGCAACAGACUCUCCCCCACACCUUCCCAUGAGGCUAUGGCCACACGAACCACCCUGAUUAUAGUGAGCUCCUUUGUCUACUUUUAUUGUCUCUCUUCCAUUUUGAGUCUUUGCAUUACUCUUAUUGUGAAUCCGAAGCAGUGA